GAAUGGGUUGGACAAGUGGAAAUAAGUGCCCUUUCUCUUAUGUACAGGAAAGAUUUUAUAAUUUACCGGGAACCAAAUGUUUCUCCUUCACAAGUAACUGAAAAUAAUUUUCCUGAAAAGGUAUUACUGUGUUUUUCGAAUGGCAAUCAUUAUGAUAUUGUCUAUCCCAUAAAGUAUAAAGAGAGCUCUGCUGUGUGUCAGUCUCUGCUUUAUGAAUUGUUGUAUGAGAAGGUAUUUAAGACUGAUGUUAGUAAAAUCUUGAUGGGACUAGACACCUCUGAAGUAGCUGAUGAAAACAACAGUGAAAUAUCAGAUUCAGAGGAUGACAGUUGCAAGUAA